GAUGAAAGGAGCAUUAUGGAGGAAGGGAUAAAGGGUGUGGUGGUGUAUAAAGCAUCCUUUGCAUCCGUUUCUACAUCACUGCAGCUCCUCUAAGACUGACUUUAACUCUUGAGCUCCUUAAAACUCUACAAAUCGUUGCUAUCAUCAUGUCUGACGUCCACACAGCAAUGGCCCUCCUCAUCAACGCCUUCAGUAAGUACGCUGGCAAGGAGGGGGACCCCCACACCCUGAGUAAGGCAGAGCUGAAAGAGCUGCUUCAGAAUGAACUUGGAGAUCUGCUUGGGAAAGCCAAUGACAAGACAGCAGUGGACCGCAUCUUCAAGGAACUGGACCAAAACCAGGACAACAGCGUGGACUUCAGCGAGUUUGGCAAGAUGGUCUUUUGCCUCACUGUGAUGUGCCACGAGUACUUCACCACCAAAAAAUAAGGAUCAAGCGCCCUCUUGGGGCCAACAUAGAGCGCUGCCUCCCUGUGAAAGAGCAGUGUCUCAUGACAGCUGUUCUGAUGAAGGAAUGAAUAUUUACUAUUUACUUAAUCACCAUGAAGUUGAAAAAUUCUAAUGUAACGCACAAUUAAAUAAACUUCUUUUUCUUUGAAACACUUGA